AUUUGAGACCGAUGAGCCUCCGAAUUGGAAACUACAUGCUGUAUCUAACAUCAAUAGAUUAAAAGGAAACUUACAGGAUGCAAACACAUUGGAACAUAGACGCCUUCUUGAAAAGAUACGAGUAGUAGAUAUUAAUGAUUUAACCUAUGAUAACCCAUUAGCUAAUGGUAUAGUUGACCUUGGAUCCCCUCAAUACCAGAUAAUAGAAGAUGACUAUGAAGUUCUUGUAGGCGAGAAAAGCGGAAUAAAAAAUUUGAUAAAGGAUCCUUUGGUAAAGGGGGCGUGUGCGGACUUUAUUACUAAAAGAGACGAAAUUUGGGACGAAAUUUGGGACGAAAUUUGGAACCAGUACAAGUUCAUUAUUUCGCCAUCAGAAGUAUUAAGCCACGGUCGCUGGGUGGAGAGGGGAGUAGAUAGAGUGCAAGUAGCGGCAUCGUUAUAUCAAAUGCCAAUUGAAUUUGAUAUUGAGGUGACAAGAAAUGAGCGCCAAAGCAUGGCAAGUAAGAAACGGAAGACAAAACAAGUUAUUGGAUCAAGGGGGAAUAAACCAGACUUAAUGGUCCGGGUAUUUUUCAAACGAAGAUGGAACAAGCUUGCGUAUUUAGAAAGUGGAAAAUGGAGGUCAACAGAAAUAAAAUCCCAUAAUGAUCAUAACAAGUUGGCUCGUUUUUGUGUAGAUGGAUAUGUUGAUAUGUCAAAAAAAAUUAAUAAGAAUGAACUGAAUAAAUUUUGUAUUACGUUCAGUAUUAAUAUUACAGAUGAGCAUUUUAUUGUUAUAAAUGGAUUUUUGCGAGAAAAUGGUAUAAAGUUUUAUCUCCCUAUUGCCAAAGCUAAGAUUCCUUUUCAUAAUGCGUCAUUAGAAGAAGUUGAAGAUUUUGUACAUGCAUUGCUAGUUCUGCGAAAUGGAAUAAUGGUGAAUAUUCACGGAAUAAGCCGUACUUUCUUAAAGAAGUCCAACUCUACACAACAAAACAAGGAUUCUUCAGAAGAAGAUUCUAUCAUUAAAACCCCAUAA